AUGUCAACCAAGUCCGAGGUCACACUCUCCAAGCCAUCUGAAUGGACUGCUUGGUACGAGGACUUCGUCUCUAGGGCUGAGACUUCUAAGAUAUUCGACUUCGUCGAUAUUGACAGAGAUUCUCCGACCUUGGAAGAGCCAAAGGAGCCCAUGACAUCUGAGGAUAUGCUCAUACAGCUGAACAAGGCUGUUCUUGACACUUGGGAACGGGCUGCCCAGCAGAACCCGGAAGCCGCCGGAGCCAGACCCGAGCCGCUGACAGACCUAACCGACAAGCAAUGGAUGUACCUUACCCGUCUACAGUCAGAAUAUCGGGUUAAGCUCGCGACUUUUGCUAAUCGUCAGCGCGGCUACGCUGAGCUUGCUGUCUGGGUCCGUUCAACCGUGGAUAAAUCCUACCUUGGCAACACGACUUCUAAGUCAGACCUUCGCACUAUGGUCCGUGACCUCAAAUCAAGCCUUGCACCCUCUGAGGACGAACAGAAGGAGGAGGCACGCUUGAGAUACCGGCAGGUCCUGGCCCAGACCAAGAGGGUUAAACCAGAGGACUGGCUCGUGGCUUGGAAUAAGGCUAAACUAGAAGGCGAAAGGCAAAAGAUCGCUGAGCUUGAAGGACAAUCUGCCCUCAACGACUUCCUCACAGCAGCCUCUGCCUUCGAUGCAACUUGGGCAAGCCAGCAGAAGGUUCAAAUCAUGACCAGCAAGAAGUUCGGCUUCAAGAUGGAUGUCACGCUUCCCGCGUUGGGCGAGCUAUUCCACGAACAAGUUCGGAGCACCAGAAUGGCUGGCAAGUUGGCCGACAGUGCAUUUGCCGCGUCUGACGUAGUCCAAAGCCCUUGUCCGUGCGGAUUGCGACCGUCCAUACACCGAUGGAAGCCGGUCGACUGCGCUGCUGUGCAAGUUGCCAUCAACGGCGAGUCCAAGGAUGGAAGGCACGCCAAGGCCAGUCGCGUCAAAGCCUGCAAGGAAGCACUAAAGCAAGCUAAAUGGAAGAGCCUAGUGGAUUCAGUUAAAGCUUCGACAGCUACCGCCAAGACGGGCCAACCAGAGGAUAAAGGAAAUCCACGCAAGCAUGGUGACUUUGCCGGUUUGACAAUCGACGCAAAGGACCUCUCCAGUGGAAAUACCGACUCGGUUUUCGCUGCCUUACGCGAGAAGCAUCCUCUUUACAACUCGACGAUCUAUGAUGGUGGAGCAACUACCCAUAUUGUCAAUGACAAGGGUCUGCUGAUCGACAUCCGCGAAGCCGAGGAGACCGACUAUGUCAUGAUUGGAGAAGGUUCCCUGAAGGUCGAGGCGAGAGGCACUCGAAGGAUGGAAAACGUUCUGGAUGGCGAAGACGGAAGAAACACACGAGCGCUUGUCCUUCUUGAUGUUGCGUAUGUGCCUAGAUUUCACACAAACAUCGUCAGCGCGAAAAGACUUGAAAAGAAGGGAUUGUGGCGCUGUGGGGUUGAUAACACGCUUCGUGUGGGCACCUAUGAGAACAAUGAUGUUCUUUGUAGGCUCACCGACAAGUAUGAUCUUGAUGUAGUCGAAUACAAGCCUGUUUCACGCUCCUACUUCAAGCUUCCACAGUCGCCCGUUUCCGUGUUCAACGCAUUCCAGGAUGUGCUUUCCUCCUCCCGGACAAGCAACCUCAAGCCGAAACGGCAAAGAAUGGCAAUUUCACGAGUUCCGCCUCCACCACGAUUGGAUUCGUCUGAAAUCUGGCACCGUCGAGCCUGCCAUGCAGGGCCACGCGUACUUGAACAGCUUGUCAUGCAAACAAAGGGAGUCCGAAUCAAGGGUCCUACAACUGUUCAAUGUACAGCUUGCGGUACAAGCAAGGCAACUGAGAUUAUCUCCCGCAGGGAAUCACCACACCGGUCAGGACAACCGUUUUACCGGGUAUUCAUCGAUAUCUUCGAGUUCUCUGCGGCAUACAACGGACGCCGUUACGUUUUGCUCAUCACCGAUGAGUUCAGCGGCAUGAUGUUCUCCUGGUCCUUGACCUCCAAACCCGAGGUCAGCAAGGCUAUCAAGGACUUUGAGGCUCGCAUCAAAAGACACACAGGUGCAUCGAUCUGCAAAAUCAGGAUCGACAACGAAAGGGCCAUCAUCAAUUUACCGUUCCAAAGGGACUCUGAGUUCCAGAUCUGGGCGACAGAGGCAGGAAUAGACAUCGAACUUCCGCCGCCGCAAACCAAGGAACCAACCGGUGGUGCGGAGCGACCUGGUGGUAUCAACCAAGUUCGAAUGCGCUGUGUGAUCGGCCAGUUGCAUGGCUGA